CCCCGCCGCCGAGCGCGACGACACGCCGAACAGGUGGCCGGAGGCUGCGGCGCCGCGCGGGCACAGGCGGGCGAGCCCCGGGCCAGGCGAGGCGAGGCGAGGGCGGCGGGCCGGGCAUGCGAGCCGAUCUGAUCCCCGGCCUCGGCCCCUAGCCUCGCGCCCGCGCCGCGCCCCGCGCCCCGCGUACAGCCGCCCCGGCCCGGGGCGCUCCGGCCUCUCCGGCCGCGGUCACUGAGGGGCGUGGGCCGGCCCGCGGCGGCGGCGGCGGCGGCGGCGGCAUGAAAGUGACCGUGUGCUUCGGGAGGACCCGGGUGGUCGUGCCGUGCGGGGACGGCCACAUGAAAGUUUUCAACCUCAUCCAGCAAGCGGUGACCCGCUACCGGAAGGCCAUCGCCAAGGAUCCAAACUACUGGAUACAGGUGCAUCGACUGGAGCAUGGAGAUGGAGGAAUUCUCGAUCUCGACGACAUCCUCUGUGAUGUGGCGGAUGAUAAAGACAGACUGGUAGCAGUGUUUGAUGAGCAGGACCCGCAUCACGGAGGUGACGGCACCAGUGCCAGCUCCACAGGCACCCAGAGUCCGGAGAUGUUUGGCAGUGAGCUCGGCACCAACAGUGUUUCAGCCUUCCAGCCUUACCAAGCAACGAGUGAGAUCGAGGUCACCCCUUCAGUCCUCCGUGCCAAUAUGCCUCUUCACGUCCGACGAAGCAGUGACCCAGCCUUAAUUGGCCUCUCCACGUCUGUCAGUGAUAAUAACUUCUCCUCUGAAGAACCUUCACGGAAAAACCCCACGCGCUGGUCGACAACCGCUGGCUUCCUCAAACAAAACACCGCCGGCAGCCCUGCAGCUUGUGACAGGAAGAAAGAUGAAAACUACAGAAGCCUCCCACGGGACACUAGUAACUGGUCUAACCAAUUUCAGAGAGACAAUGCUCGCUCAUCUCUGAGUGCCAGUCACCCAAUGGUGGACAAGUGGCUGGAGAAGCAAGAACAGGAUGAGGAUGGCACAGAGGAAGACAGCAGCCGUGUUGAGCCCGUGGGGCACGCCGACACUGGUGUGGAGAACGUACCCAGCUUUUCUCUGGAUGAUAUGGUAAAGCUCGUACAAGUCCCCAACGAUGGAGGGCCUCUGGGAAUCCAUGUAGUGCCUUUCAGUGCUCGAGGCGGCAGAACCCUGGGGUUAUUAGUAAAACGAUUGGAGAAAGGUGGUAAAGCUGAACAAGAAAACCUUUUUCAUGAGAAUGAUUGCAUUGUCAGGAUUAAUGAUGGCGACCUUCGAAAUAGAAGAUUUGAACAAGCACAACAUAUGUUUCGCCAAGCCAUGCGGACCUCCAUCAUUUGGUUCCAUGUGGUUCCCGCAGCCAAUAAAGAGCAGUACGAACAACUGUCCCAAAGCGAGAGGAACAAUUACUACUCGAGCCGCUUCAGCCCCGACAGCCAGCAUGUGGAUCACAGGAGUGUGAACAGUGCAGGGCCGCAGGCUCUGCCGAGGGUGCCCCGGCCGAACCCCCUGCCCGAGCACGCGGACCCUCACCCCCGACUCCUACCUCAGAGCACACAGCCCUCGGGAAAGCCGCCCGCUGCUCCGGGCCCAGCCGUACACCACGUGUUCAGUCCCAGCAGUAGUUACAACACCAAAAAAGUAGGCAAGAAGCUUAACAUCCAGCUUAAGAAAGGUACAGAAGGUUUGGGAUUCAGCAUCACUUCCCGGGAUGUGACAAUAGGUGGCUCAGCUCCAAUUUAUGUGAAAAACAUCCUCCCACGAGGGGCUGCCAUCCAAGAUGGCCGACUGAAGGCGGGAGAUAGACUCAUAGAGGUAAAUGGAGUUGAUCUAGCAGGCAAAUCCCAGGAGGAAGUUGUUUCGCUGUUGAGAAGCACCAAGAUGGAAGGGACCGUGAGCCUUCUGGUCUUUCGCCAAGAAGAUGCCUUCCACCCAAGGGAACUGAAUGCAGAGCCAAGCCAGAUGCAGAUUCCAAAAGAAACGAAAGCAGAAGAUGAGGAUACUGUUCUCACACCUGAUGGCACCAGGGAAUUUCUGACGUUUGAAGUUCCGCUGAAUGAUUCGGGAUCUGCUGGUCUUGGCGUCAGUGUCAAAGGUAACCGGUCAAAGGAGAACCACGCCGAUUUAGGAAUCUUCGUCAAGUCCAUUAUUAAUGGAGGAGCAGCAUCUAAAGAUGGGCGGCUUCGGGUGAACGAUCAACUGAUAGCAGUGAAUGGAGAAUCCCUGUUGGGCAAAACAAACCAGGAUGCCAUGGAAACCCUCCGGAGGUCCAUGUCCACCGAAGGGAACAAGCGAGGAAUGAUCCAGCUUAUUGUGGCGAGGAGAAUAACCAAAGGCACCGAGCUGAAGUCACCUGGGAGCCCCUCUGGACCUGAGCUGCCCAUUGAAACGGUGUUGGAUGAUAGAGAACGAAGGAUUUCCCACUCCCUCUACAGCGGGCUUGAGGGGCUUGACGAAUCACCCACGAGAAAUGCUGCGCUCAGCAGGAUAAUGGGUGAGUCAGGUAAAUACCAGCUGUCCCCCACGGUGAAUAUGCCCCAAGAUGACACUGUCAUUAUCGAGGAUGACAGGCUGCCAGUACUCCCCCCACAUCUCUCUGACCAGUCAUCUUCCAGCUCCCACGAUGAUGUAGGAUUUGUGACAACGGACACUGGCGCGUGGGCCAAGGCCGGCAUCAGUGAGUCAGCAGAGUGCUCUUUGAGUCCAGACGUCGAUCCAGUUCUUGCUUUUCAACGAGAGGGAUUUGGACGUCAGAGUAUGUCAGAAAAACGCACAAAGCAAUUUUCAGAUGCCAGUCAAUUGGAUUUCGUUAAAACGCGCAAAUCGAAAAGCAUGGAUUUAGGUAUAGCUGACGAGACUAAACUCAAUACAGUGGAUGACCAGAAAGCAGGUUCUCCCAGCAGAGAUGUGGGGCCUUCCUUGGGUCUGAAGAAGUCCAGCUCUUUAGAGAGUCUGCAGACAGCAGUCGCUGAGGUGACUUUGAAUGGGGACAUUCCUUUCCAUCGCCCGCGGCCGCGGAUAAUCCGAGGAAGGGGAUGCAAUGAAAGCUUCAGAGCUGCCAUUGACAAGUCCUAUGAUAAACCUGUGGCAGAUGAUGACGAUGAAGGCAUGGAGACAUUGGAAGAAGACACGGAAGAAAGUUCAAGAUCAGGGAGAGAGUCUGUCUCCACAGCCAGCGACCAGCCUUCCCACUCUCUGGAGAGACAGAUGAAUGGAAACCAAGAGAGAGGCGAGAAGACCGAUCGGAGGAAGGAGAAAAUGGGGAAAGAGAAGAAGAAGGACAGAGACAAGGAGAAGGAGAAGAUGAAAGCCAAGAAGGGGAAACUGAGGGGCCUGGGAGACAUGUUCAGGUUUGGCAAACAUCGAAAAGAUGACAAGAUUGAGAAAACGGGUAAAAUAAAAAUGCAGGACUCCCUUACAUCAGAAGAGGAGAGAGUACGGAUGAAGCAGGAGCAGGAAAGGAUUCAAGCGAAAACUCGAGAAUUUAGGGAGCGACAGGCUCGGGAGCGUGACUAUGCUGAAAUCCAAGAUUUUCAUCGGACAUUUGGCUGUGAUGAUGAGUUGAUGUACGGGGGAAUUUCUUCCUAUGAAGGUUCCAUGGCUCUCAGCACCAGACCCCAGAGCCCAAGAGAAGGGCAUAUGAUGGAUGCUUUGUAUGCCCAAGUGAAGAAGCCGCGGAAUUCCAAACCUUUACCUGCAGACAGCAACAGAUCAACUCCUAGCAACCAUGAUCGGAUACAGCGUCUCCGGCAAGAAUUUCAGCAAGCAAAGCAGGAUGAAGAUGUGGAAGAUCGGCGACGUACCUAUAGCUUUGAACAGCCCUGGCCCAACUCCAGACCGUCGGCGCAGAGCGGCCGGCACUCGGUGUCGGUGGAGGUGCAGAUGCAGCGGCAACGGCAGGAAGAACGUGAGAGCUUCCAGCAGGCCCAGCGCCAGUACAGCUCCCUGCCCCGGUUGCCCAGCACAGUGCUUCUAUGCUCAGAACAAGGUAGUUGUCACCCAGAGGGAUGGUCCUGUGCUGUCUGGUGGAUGCCUCUCUGCGGGGGGGCGAGGGUGACCUUCCCAGCUUGGAUUGCCAAUUAUGUUCAGUGGUAGAUGGGCUCCAGGAUUACUGUCCCUUUAGUUCCUGCUCACAUCUCCAGGUGUGUGUUCCAGGAUGCUGCACUGCACUAGCCUCGUGGGUCUGGAGGGGACUAGAGCAUGAGGCCCCUGCUUGACUGGGACCAGUUCAUCCUAUGACUCUCACCCUCGGCUGACCUCAGGUCACGAGCGUAGAACACCUUCCCUCCUGUGAACUUCCUAUCCGGGUCGUUGGCUUCUUUUCUGCCACAGACCACAGCCAGAGUGCCCUAGCCAACGUCGGCUGGCCUCUCCGAUGUUCAGAAUUGGGAAGCAACUCUGGCCACUGGCAACAACCCCUCUGCAGAGCCCUUCACCAAGGGUUCCUGGGGAUGCCUUCCUCCAGCCAUGAGUGUUUCUUCUGGGUUUCCCUUAUGCUUGCGGCACCUGCUGGCUCUACAAUUGUUUAACUAAGAAAAGCAAGUCAUUCCUCUCGCAAGAGUGAAAAGUCGGCUUCUCUUUCUCGGGCAGAGCACUGCUGAGCAUUGGUCUAAAUGCUCUGCGCUUCUCUGUACCCUGUAAUGACCCUAAGAAUCAAGCAGAACCUCCCAGCUGAGGAAUGGUGUUUGCAUGUGGAGUGAGUGGAUGUAAGCGUGUCCACGUAAUACCAACCCGCAGCAGACUGCCGGCCCUUGUGUAAGCAGGCCCCAGCUGUUGCGGCUCCCUCCUCGACCCUCUGCCAUCUGUCACAGCCCUGCCCGUCUCCAGGGCCCACGUAAAUCACAGCCCUCUUUGGGGAGCCUCACUGAAGGCUUCCAUCUGCCCGUCAACUGGCCGUGGUAUCUUGCUCCAUCCCCGCCAUGGCUCUCCACUUGCUUGACACCAUGAGUGUCUUUCUGUGCUUGUCCAGACACCCUGGAAUAGAACCUCCUUGAGGAAGGGCCAUGGUUUGGCUCACCCAUGUGCCUCCCUCCCAUGGCCCAGCCCGAGUCACCCCCACAUGUCAUGCAGCUGAUGCCCUGCAAAUGUCAGCUCCAUGAACUGAGGGGUGUCCAGAAAAAUGAACAGAAAGUGCUGUGCCUCGGGGCUUGGGACUCCUGCCACGGGGUCCUGUUUGGUGAGCUGGAGGGGCACGGGAGACAGCCCUCUUCUUGACAGUAACGCUCUCUAGGGCUUGGGAAAGCCAUUUCCUGUUAUCAACAAAGGUCAGAAGAGCUCCCGUGUUGGGGUCUUUCCUUCCGUAUUCUGAUUUCUUCCACACAGAAAGCUGGAAGUGUUAUUACUUCUGAUUUUCAGAUGAAAUGGAAACUCCGAAUCAAGCUCUGGUCACUGUGGAGCUAAGGUUCAAAUGCACUUAUGUCUGUCACGUUUGUAUUACAUCAAACUACCUCCACUGGCCUCUUUGGGACUCUGCUGUUAUGCAACCUCGAAGUCCCCCAGUUCCAGCACCCCUGAGGUCCUGAGUGGUGAAGUCAGAGGGGAGCCAGAGAAGGCUCUGCUGUCGUGAUGGGACCAGCCUCUUUCUCCCCUGACCCAACCCCUUCAAUGAAGGUCUACGUUGAAGUGUUGUUUUCUGGUAUCACACACACAAGCAGAAUGUGUUUGACCACAGUGACAUUUAUCACCAUGUUGCUAACGAGCCUUGACUUAGCGCCAAUGAACUCUACACAGUUCUAGCUGCCUGCUUUACGUAAUACCCCUGGAUGCCGCUGGAUACAGCCUCUCACUUUUCCCGUUGAUUUUGAGAACUUUGGGCCUGGUGUCCUGAGAGCUCUAAAGUGCUUCGAUCACAUGGUGGUUGGGAUCCCACUGGCAGAUGCAAGGGACAGGAUGCUUCCUGGAACAUUGUUAAACCUCUGCCAUUCAGGAGGGUUCCACUCGGCCAUGUGAUGCUAAGAGAUUUGUGAGCUAAUCCAGAACUGGAGAACCGUGGGUGGAGGAGAAGGAAUUUCAGUGAUGAGUAGGUUUAGUGGUAAGUGAGAGAUAUUUGUUCUCAUGGCCCAUCUAGUUCAGAGAUACCAGUGUACUCUCUACACAUCCAUCUAAAAAUUGUAUCAGACCCAGGAGUGCCCUGGACUGUCUGCCGGCUUUUAUUUCUCUAGUCCCUUGGGACUGCAAUACACUCUGGAGGUUUUCAGUUCACUGUUCGCUGGAAACUAAGUGAUAAGCAUAUCCCUGCAUUACAAGGUGGAAUUUAUUGAAGGAAAAUUAAUGUGAGAGCAGACAACUAUCCUUCUAGUUGCUUCAAUGGCUUGCAAGGGAAACCGGGAAGCAUGGUGGCCUUGGGUCUGUGGUUUGAUGUGGUCAAGGAAGGUGGUCACUUCCAGCUGGAGGGUGGGCAUGGGAGGUGGGGAGAGGGCAGCAAGAAGAACAGAAAGCGAUUUGUUUCUCCACAACUUAAAUCUACAAAACAGUUACAAGAUAAUCCAAACAUACCUUAGAUUUACCAAUCGUUAGCAUUUAGCCACGUUUACUUUCCUUCACUUUCACACACACAAAUAUAUUUAUAUAGGGUUAUUUUUCUGAACCAUUUGAAAGUAAGUUGAAGCUGUCAUGACACCUCGCCCCUAAAUACUUCAGAAUUCGUCCCCUCAGAUGAAGGGCAUUUACUUACAUAACCACACGACUAUCGUCACACACAACUAAACUAAUAAUUCUAUAGUAAGGUUUAGUAUAUAGCUCAUAGUCACAUUUCUCCAACUCUCCAAAGCUUUCUUUUGCAGCUUGUGUUUUCCAAUGCAUGAGAGGGAAAGAAUUUUAAUAGAUACAUAUGGUUUUGAGAGUAGAAAAAUUGGAGGAGUGAGAGUGAGGCCUGAAGAGUCACUGGGGUUGCUUUUGGGGUAAAUUAUUCUGUGAGAGUCGUGCCCUGCCAUUGUCAUGAUACCUGCUGUAACAUUGUUCUUCAUGGACUGUGGUAUCAGGCUGUUUCUUUGCAUGCAAGUCCACAAAAAGACUGAGUCUUGGACUUCCCUGGUGGCGCAGUGGUUGAGAGUCCGUCUGCCGAUGCAGGGGACACGGGUUCGUGCCCCGGUCUGGGAAGAUCCCACAUGCCGCGGAGCGGCUGGGCCCGUGAGCCAUGGCCGCUGAGCCUGCGCGUCCGGAGCCUGUGCUCCGCAACGGGAGAGGCCACAGCAGUGAGAGGCCCGCGUACUGCAAAAAAACAAAAAACUGAGUCUUGAGAGACCCCAGGAUUUUUUUGAGGGGGAGUUCAUUUUUUAGGUGGAGAGAUUACAUAGACCAGGAUAAUAAUAGCUAUUAUUAGUAUUUAACUUAGUGGUUCUCAGACUUUAGGUUUUUUUUUUUUUUUUCUCUCAUUUGGUUAGUUUAUUGGCCCCUUUUCCAGUUCACUAAUUCUUUCUCCUCCUCUGACUAAUCUGAGAAACAACUCAGCUAUCAAAUUCUUAAUUUCAGCUAAUUUCUUUUCUUUUUUAAAUUGAAGAAUAGUUGAUUUACAAUAUUAUACUAGUUUCAGGUGUACAACAUAACCAUUCAAUAUUUUUAUAGGCUAUACUCUGUUUAAAGUUACUAUGAAAUAAUGGCUAUAGUUCCCUGUGGUACAGUAUGUUCUUGUAGCUUAUUUAUUUUAUACAUAGUAGUUUGUAUCUCUUAAUCCCCUACCCCUAUCUUGCCCUCUGCCACUUCCAUCUCCCCACUGGUAACCACUAGUUUGUUCUCUAUAUCUGUGAGUCUCUUUCUGUUUUGUUAUAAUUAUUCAUUUGUUUUAUUUUUUAUAUUCCACAUAUAAGUGAUAAAAUACAGUAUUUGUCUUUCUCUGACUUUUUCACUAAGCUUAAUACCCUUUAGGUUCAUCCAUGUUGUUUCAAAUGUCAGAAUUCCAUUCUUUUUUAUGGCUGAGUAGUAUUCUAUUAUAUAUAUACCACAACUUCUUUAUCCAUUCAUCUGCUGGUGGACGCUUAGUUGCUUCCAUGUCUUGGCUAUUGUAAAUAAUGUUGCUUUGAACACUGGGGUGCAUAUAUCAUUUCAGUUUAGUGUUUUUGUUUUCCUUAGAUAUAUACCCAGGAGUGGAAUUUCUGGAUCAUAUGGUAGUUCUAUUUUUAUUUUUUUGAGGAACCUCCAUACUGUUUUCUGUAGCGGCUGCACCCAUUUACAUUCUCACUAACAGUGUGCAAGCAUUUCCUUUUCUCCAGAUCCUCUUCAACAUUUGUUAUUUGUAGAUGUUUUGAUGAUAGCCUUUCUGACAGGUGUGAGGUAAUAUCUCAUUGUGGUUUGAUUUGCAUUUCUCUGAUGUUGAACAUCUUUUCAUGUGCCUGUUGGCCAUCAGUAUCUUUUUUGGAAAAACAUCUAUUUGAGUCUUCUGCCCAUUUUUUAAAUUGUGUUUUUUGGUUUUUUGAAAUUGAGUUGUAUGAGCCAUUUAUAUAUUUUGGAUAUUAACCUCUUAUCUGUCAUUUCAUUUGCAAAUAUUUCUCUCAUUCAGUAGGUUGUCCUUUCAUUUUGUUGAUGGUUUCAGACUUCAUGGUACAUAAGAAACCCUUAGAACGUUGUUAAAAUUACAGAUCCUUAGCUUCUCCUACCAAAGAUUAUGAUUCCAUAGGGGUAGGAUCUAGAAAGCUGUAGUUUCAAAGAACAUUCUAGGGGACUCUGUUACUUGAAGAAAGAAUGACCAUCAGUUAGGCCUGUUAGAGGUAUACUAAAAAAAUUCCUUCAUAGUCAAGCAUAUACAUUUUUUUUUUACAAGAUAAAUUAUCAAGCUUUAUGCAUAAUUUUUUUUAAUUUUAGAAUUUUAUUUUUUUUUAUAUAGCAGGUUAUUAUUAUCCAUUUUAUACAUAUUAGUGUAUAUAUGUCAAUCCCAAUCUCCCAAUUCAUCACACACCAUCAUAGUCAAGCAUAAACACUUUUUAAACUCCAAAUGAGUGAUUUACUAAUGACAGGCUUCUAGAAAAAAUUGCUCACAUACACACACAUGCAUACACACACACACGCACGCACACACACAUGCACACAAAAGACACUCAGUCACUUGUGCAAAGAUUAUGUUUUGAAGUGAUGAAGGGCUUUCCUACCUGUCACCACACCAUGUGAAUAACAAUCCCACUUAUAUAAUUUUGGAAAGAGCACUGUCAGAUGAAAAUCACACACAGCAAAAAAUAACAAGGAAUAUGGCUUUCUUUAGUUUCAGUUAAUGUAAAGCAGAAUGUAAAGAACCCAAGUCAAGGGCAUCUUUUCCAGACUGUGCUCUUCUGAUUUCCAGGAGAAGGCCUGGAUUGGAUGACAAGGCAGAAGGAAGAGUUUUCAAACAUAUGUGCAUUAGGUCCAGAAAAAAUAAAGCCAGGGCAAGAAUCUUCAGUGGCUCCCUCUCACUCCUGGAAGAGCUUCCUUCAGGCGCAGGGUCUAUCUAAAAGUGAUCUAAUGAGGGUUCAGGGUCUAUCUAAAAGUGAUCUGUCUAAAGAGGGAAAAGGCCCCAUCACACUAUGGGUGCAUCUUGAAAUCCAACAGCCUUGGGGUCACCGGGACAUUCCUAGGCGGACCACAGCGAGGGUGAUCCUGUUCAAACAUUUUGGACCAUGUCAUCUAGCAGAACAGAAAUAAAACCUUCUGCCACUUUUCCAGCAGGUGAAAUAUGAUGUGAGAACAGUAUUUUGGCACCUGGAAACUUUACCAAAAAAUUUGGGACCUCAGGGAUGCCGUGUCAGGGGUGGGCACUCCAGAAUUGGUUGGGGUCCAGGGCAGACUUCACGUAACCAAAGAGACAUUUUUCAGAACUGAGCAAUUUUUGGAAAGAGAUUCGAAAGCUUACGGAACCUAAGGAGACUAUUUAAGAGAGAUGUGAAUAUACUUAAACCGGAUUAGGAUUUACAGAUGAGGGAUGGAGUGAAUUAUCUCUGUGCCUUGAGCUCCUUUUUCAUAAAAAAGAUGAUCUGCGAAAAUAUUUUCUAUGCACAAUUACUCAGAGUAGUGAUGUCGUUGGGGAGGAACCAGCCAGCUGGUUGAAUGAUUGUAAUAAGCACUCAAGUUUUGUCUGCGUGGAAAUAUAACUGCAUUAAUUAGGAUCCAGAUGGAUUUACUAGUAUUUGCUGGGCUAUAAAUACCUGUGCUCUGGUGACUUGGAUAUGUUUAAAUGCCUGUAGGAAAGUAUUUGAUGAAUUUCAAGAAUUGUGCAUUUAAUGCACAUAAUACAUAUAUUAAUAAAAGCCAAUAACAUUGAAAGAAUCCCUUUGCUAUAGGAUAUUUUUGAGAUGUGAAACAACUUUCCCCCAGUCUUUCUUUUCUUUUUGUGGGAAAAACAGCAGAAAUUUUUUGUUUUACUGAAGUAGGGUUGAUGUACAAUAUUAUAUAAGUUACAGGUGUACAAUAUAGUGAUUCAGUUUUUAAAGGUUAUAUUCCACUUACAGCUACUGUAAAAUAUUGGCAGUAUUUCCUGUGCCCCAACCUUUCUUAUUUUAAUUUUGUCCUGUUCCCUGUUCAAACUUUGGACUAUUCUGUGACUCUUGGCUCUCAAAGGGGAAAUGAGAGUAGAAAACAGAGAAAAAGAAACCUCUUCCUGGAUUUUU